CAGAUCACAUACAUGCUUGUUUGCGCGUUUGUUUGUAGCAUUACAAGCUAGCUAUUGGCAAAGUUUGUGAAAGAUUGUAUUCUAUAGUUUGGCGCAUUUAGAACAAAUUGAGCAAUAAAACCGGUUGAGUUGUAAGAAAGUGAACAUUUUCUCACAGAAGUGGGUCGGUGAUGUUACUGUUGUCAGCAGCUCUCUAGCUUGGAAGAGAAACGUGGGUGAAACGUUUACCGGUUUUCAAACAUCUCCUGACCUAAAUUGAUUUAUGAAAAUGACUUAAAUACAGCGUUGUUUGGUGUUGAUGCCAUAACCCAUAUCCAUUAUCGCCUAAACCAUCGGAGAUUAUGUGUAAGUAUUAGUUAAAUCAAUCAAUUGGAGGAGUACCAUGACCAUGGAUCUUUUGGGGGGCAGAAAAGUUCCAGAUGAUGCCGUGCAUUAUUCUUUAUUUCUCAUCGAGACCAAGGACGCAGAAGACAACGAACGGAUAUUGCUUCAUUUACGGGAGCAAAUUUUGAGCCGGUUCGCUAAUCUCUUAGCGAAAUACAUUUGGCAAAACCAGCCUUUCAGUCUGAAAUAUCAACCAGAGACCGGGUCUGUACCUGCACAUGUCGGUGGUUCCACUGAUUUCGGAGACAACGUGGAAGAUGAGUGGUUCAUCGUGUACCUGCUUCAGCACAUAACGAGGACCUUCCCAGAGCUUGCAGCCAAAGUAGAGGAUAAUGAUGGGGAGUUCAUUCUGAUUGAAGCAGCAGACUAUUUGCCCAAAUGGCUGAAGCCAGAGAACAGUGAUAAUAGGGUGUUUUUUUCAAAAGGCCAGCUGCACAUCAUACCCUGUCCUUCCAGGCCUGGUGAAGUGGGUUUGUCCCAGGACCAAGUGCCAACUCUGAGGCAGGCUCUUGCUCUCCUGUCCUCCAACAAAGAAGCCUGCUUGGCAAGCCUCAAGAUCCGCUCUGUACUUGGGAAGAGAAUAGACUGCUACCCAGACAAGAUCCAGUCAAACCUCCAUCGUGCCCAUUGUUUCCUGCCUGCUGGAAUAGUGACGGUGCUGGCUGAGAGACCUGGCCUGCUGGCCCCUGCCGUGUCAGCGUUCUACCUGCGAGACCCAGUAGACCUCCAAGCCUGCCGCACCUUCACAACAUUCCCACCCGAGACGAGGGUUCUUUCCUCGGUUACUUUCACGCGAUGUCUGUAUGCUCAGCUGCAGCAGCAGUCCUUCAUGCCAGACCGCAGGAGUGGCUACAGUCUCCCUCCUUGCACCCACCCCCAAUACCAAGCCCACGAGCUGGGCAUGAAACUGGCCCAUGGGUUUGAGAUCUUGUGCUCCAAGUGUCGAGUGCCCUCAUCAGAGCCGGAUGCUCCAGUCAGCUGUAACCCCCAGUGGAAAAGCUUCCUGGACAGCCUGAAAAGGAAUGACUACUUUAAAGGGGAAUUGGAGGGCUCGAAACAUUACAAAGAUUUGAUGACGGCAGCAGAAAAUGUCUUCAAACAAUCAUUCAUAAACACUUCAAGCAGCUCUUGUGUGAAAUCACCUGGUGAGGAAGUCCUGCAGAUCCUUCAGAGUUCCCCAUACGACCUGGAAGAGCUCAGCAAGCAAGAGAAGCACCUCCAACCACCAGAUAGUGACUGUUGGCUCAACCUGACCCCGGAGGAGCUGGAGCAGAUCCUGCAGGCUAGAGCAGAGGCAGGCGGAAGGACAGGAGCGGGGAGCAAGACCCAGUCUGGAGGCACAGGAGAGGGGGAGGCAGAGCAGGACGCCAGCUACAGUCUGGUGGCAGUGACACAGGGGAUGAAGAACUUCAUCAAUGCCAUGUCCUCAUACGAAGGAGCAGAGCUGCCCUGGUCCCAGUCCAAUGAACCCUUCAGCUUUGAUGAGAAAUCUAUGACGAAUGCAUUGGACAGACUCCUUGGGGGAGGAGAUGACGAGUUAGAUUCUGAUGAUUUGGAGGAGGAGGAGGAGGAGGAGGAUGAUGAUCCAGAUGAGGAGGAGGAAGAGGAAGCUGUUGGCUCCUCUGAUUCUCGUGAGCAGUCUGGUGCUGAAGCUCUGGACAGUCUGAAGAACUAUAUGGACCAUAUGGACCAAGAGCUGCUAGGCACAAACAUUGGCAAGAGCUUCGUACAAUCUGACAAAAAGAAAGACAAGAACGUAAACCCAAGUGGAAACCACAUGGGUAAUCCCAGCACUGAACAGAAAGAGGAAGAAGAGAUCCAACCUCUAGAUGUAGACCUUAAUCUGGUCACCAAUCUACUAGAAUCCCUGGCUUCGCAGGCAGGCCUGGCUGGGCCUGCAUCAAAUCUGCUGCAGAGCAUGGGCAUUCAUUUGCCACCAAAUUCAGAUCGCACAUGAAAUUUCUUUUUUUCUUUUUGAUGAGCCCCAAAAAUCAAUGAGUCUGGAGGUGUUCCGCGUAGGUGGGUUAGUAAUUAACUCGGACAAGAUAACCCUGUGACUGUUAGUUGAGUCAUAAAUAUUGUGAAGGGUGGCGUCAGCUGGGUUUUAUUGUUCCAGCUACCGGGCUCUCCUCUUUGAACGUUCUGCUCUGGGUUGUUAUACCCCAGGGUGGUGACUAAACCUUUUCUCCAGAAUGCCUCCCUGGGGAAUUUAUCGAAUCAGUCCUUCUGAGGAACAAGCUCUUCAAUGGCAUAACCAAGCACUUGCUGUACCACAUGAACUGACUAAUGUGAAAAAAGUGAUCAAAACAUCAAAAUGCACUUUGUCAAGUUUUCCCCCAAAUGUUUUAUCGCCCUGGCUAUGAUCAUGUUUUUCAAAAUGAGCUACUCAACGCUUCUUCAGGUUGUUACUGAACAGUGCCAUUUUAUUUCUUAUAAUGGUGUACAUUCGCGAAUCUUGUACAUGAUUGAACUGGACUGAGUACUUCUGUCGUAUAGUGAUAUGUGUAGUCUGUAAGAAAAUAUAAUAAAUAACAUUUUUCACAGUU